AUGACCUGGUUGGAUGGCUACCUUCACUGCUGCGCUUUGGGCAUGGAAGCACUCAAUUUAGACAAUUUGGCCGAGCAGAAAGGCCUGACUAACAUGACCGUAGUUUUCAAAGGCAAAUGGAGGAUUAACUACAACUACUGGACCUCAGGUACUUGGAAAGGUGCUCCUGUCGGUCAGUGGGCGUGGUGCGAACCCACGGGGCCAACGGUUUUUGCUCCGAAUCUCAAAUGGGAAGCAAACCAGCCCGACAACUUCAAUCGGAGUGAGAGCUGCGUCCACUUUCGCUUCGUCCUGAACUCUACAGGCACCAUAAUGACCGACAGGACUUGCGAAAGUAGAUACAUUUUCGCGUGCAAGACGCCACUAAGAACAACGCCAAAGCCUUGCGUUGUUUCAUGCCCUACAGAACUUUGUGAGCGGAACACUUCCUAUUUCGACAGUAGCACUAGCUAUCAAUAUCUCAGCAACUACUUCUCCUACGGUGACUGGUAUGAUGCAUGCGGCCGAAACUUUUUGAUCUACAAAGCUCGUUUGUCUAACUGGAAAACCGCCAGGCAGCAAUGUUGCGACAUCGGCCUGACCCUCGGUUCGAUGGAGUCGACUGGAAAAUCGGAAUGCUUCUCCAAAAUUGCUACUAAAUAUGCACCGAACCUUUUCGGCGACUUCUGGUUGUCAGGGACGGACCUUGGUUGCCCUUCCAAUUUCCGGUGGUGUCACCUGAACAGGGAUUUUGUCGAACCCGAGAUUAAAUGGAAGGAUGGACACCCAAAACCAGAUCUGGACUGCGUUUAUCUGGAAGUGAGAAACGGAUCUCAGCUGCUGGUCACCGCCGAUUGUGGUGAAAAGAAAAAUUUCCUGUGCGAAAUUCGAAAGAAAGCCACUUCCCAAAGAGCAAUGCAGACCGAAUGCGCAGAAACCUGGGAUAUUUCGAUAGCUCAAAUUGAUCUGCUGCUCAACACAGCUAAGUUUCUCACGGCAAACGUUUCUUUAAAUCUGAAGUGCUUCUUGAAAUGUGUUGGAGUGGAAGUUGGAUUGUUUGACCUUGGUGCACUGAGAAACAUAGAAAUGUUGCGGCAAAUUGAGCUCGUGACCAUGGAGGAUCCUGUGAAAAUGCAACAGGGAUUUGUUGCCUUUGACGAAUGCAGCGGCAAAGAUUAUGACGACGAGUGUGUAAAUGCGUACGAAACGUACAAAUGUGGACAGCAGAAAGAACCGGCUCUUGUCUCGAAAAUUGUCAAAUUGAAUUUCGACAAUGGGACAAUGUACUCUCCACCGGCUCCUUGCGUUUUUAAACGCCGAACGUGUUGGAUGUCAGAAAAUAUUCCCUGCCAAAUAAACCAAACGCUAUACGGAUGGUUCAACUCGUCGUACAAAGAUGAUUAUGGAAAAGCGACCUUGCAUAAUGGCAAACUAUACUACGUAAGCUUCGAGAACACUGUGUCAUUGUUGAAUGCGGCUGACGCUUACAGGCACUGCUGUGAACUGGGAUUGGUGCUCUUUGAGCCAACGACCGUGGCCGAAAUUCAAAAUCUCAAAAGCGCAGCACUGAAAGCCAGCGUACAAUUAGGCUCCACGCUUGUCGGUGAUACGGAGUCGAUCAACCAGACGCACGAGGUGUACUGUCGCAGCCGCAAGGUCAUCCCAAACAGCCUUUUCAUCACUACGACUUGGCCGAGAUAUCCGUGCAUCGGGUCGGUCAUCGCCAUUUCAGGUUAUGAUGAGAGAGUCGUCGCAAUAACCGACACUAAACAAAACAAUGACAUGCGCGACAUGUACCUCAACCCGGGAAAGUACACUUACACGAUUGACGGGCUUCAAACCUACAUAUGCGCGAGGCCAUAG